UAUAUUCUCCCAUAUACUUAUUAGCUUCCUAUUAUAUUACUUUAGUCUUCUUCUCUAACUGCUAUUGACUCCUAAAACGCACAAAGAUUGCAACUAUACGUACCACCCGUACUCCAAUAUAACAUACGCAGAUUCAGAUUUUAAAGGCUGUUUUGUGAAGUCACUUUAGAUCCGCCUCUGAUGGGGAGGGGUAGGGUUGAGAUGAAGCGAAUUGAGAACAAGAUUAGUAGGCAGGUCACUUUCUCAAAGAGAAGGUCAGGUUUGUUGAAGAAGACUCACGAGAUCUCCAUCUUGUGUGAUGCUGAUGUUGCUUUGAUUGUCUUCUCUGCCAAAGGCAAGCUCUUUGAGUACUCCACCGAAUCCAGCAUGGAAAGUAUCCUCGAAAGAUACGAAAGUUACUCAUAUGCUGAGAGGAAGUUGAAUGCAAAUGACUCUGAACCUAAGGAAAACUGGACUCUGGAGUACCCAAAGCUCAUGUCAAGGAUUGAACUUCUGCAAAGAAAUAUAAGGCAUUAUAUGGGAGAGGAUCUGGAUUCCUUCGGUCUGCGAGAGUUUCAUGGUUUAGAGCAACAACUCGAUACAGCUUUGAAGCGAAUACGAACCAGGAAGAAUCAACUGAUGCAUGAGUCAAUUUCCCAGCUGCAGAAAAAGGAAAAAGAGCUGCAAGAGCAAAACCACUUAAUGUCGAAGAAGCUGAAAGGAAAUGAAAAGCAGCAAACUGCGCAUGCGCAGUGGGGGCAAUCGAAUCCAGGCCAAAGCUCGACGCCUGUCAUUCUACCUCAAAUUCCAUCACAAUCUCCCCCUCAUAUCCCUAACCUUACGAUUGGAGGUCCUUUUCAAUCAACUGAAUUCACGAGCACGGACGAAGGGCAAACUCGCCAUGGUUCUAAUUCAUUGAUUCCUCCAUGGAUGCUUCAUCAUCUCCACAACAAAGGGUGAAAACCCCUCCCUCUACAGGACUGUUUUAUGAACAUAAAAUCACAAGUUUUCGGCUCUAUUGUAUUUGUAAUCUACCUGUAUGUUUUAUAUCUUUCAGUUUCAAAAGAAAAUAUAAUAUAUGCAUCAUAUUUCAUAUAGGGACUUCUCUAGUAGUCUUCUUUCCUUUUACGUCUUGUAGAUGAUUGAUAGUAACAUAAGUGGGGCAGUCAAAAUAAAACACUUCUAUCUUUUCAUUUUGUAAAAAUAUCUGUGACUUCAUUUCUCUUCC